CGUUAUUCCAUUUUAUUACAUGUACUUGCUGUCUUUGACCCUUUUUCCGGUUCUCGAAGAAAAUCAGAACUAAAAUCACAAUACUACCGAAACCGGUUUAUACUCGGUACUGAAAUCACACCUCCGCGUCUGGUCGUAAUGGUCAAGCAUUUUCCGGUUUAUUUGUAGCACUCAAAUCAAACCAUGGAUUAUGACGAUGAUGUAUCAAAAAUUUUGAAAACUAUUUUUCGGUUUAACGUUGUUUUAAUCGAUGGCUUUUGACCGAAUAACAGAAACAGUUCUGAUGCCAACGAGACAAGAAGGGUAAAACGAGAAAAAAGGGAGGGGCAAUAAUCGUAAUUAGGUAGGAAAACGAGGGGUAAUUUGAAGAGAAACCUGGCUAUAUGACGCGAAAGGGUUUCUUAAAUUCAGAGAGACAAUUAAUCAGUUUCGUGUGUUUCAGAGAAGAAGAAGAACAGAUCGAGACGAAGAAGAUCGUCACAGAGAUUUAUUAUCUCAAAGAUCGUUAGAGUUGAGAAGGUUAAUUUAAAUUAAAUAACAAGAAAGUAUGGGUUACUGGAAUUCGAAGGUUGUUCCAAGGUUCAAGAAGAUAUUCGAGAAGAACAGUGCUAAGAAGGCUGCUGCUGCUGAAGCUUGCAAGACCUUUGAUGAGUCUAAGGAAGCAAUCAACAAAGAGAUUGAGGAGAAAAAGACAGAACUCCAACCAAAGGUCGUGGAAACCUAUGAGGCCACGUCUGCUGAAGUCAAGGCUUUGGUGAGAGAACCUAAGGAGGCUGGUUUAAAGAAAAACUCAGCGGCUGUGCAGAAGUAUCUCGAGGCGCUUGUCAAUAUUGAAUUCCCCGGAUCAACGGCUGUAAGAGACGCUUCGUCUAGCUUCGGAGCUGGCUAUGUCUCUGGACCAGUCACGUUCAUAUUCGAGAAGGUAUGCGUGUUCCUUCCUGAGGAGGUAAAGACACGGGAAGUACCGGUGGAGGAAGUGAAAACCGAAGAACCGGCUAAAACCGAAGAACCAACCAAAACCGAAGAACCGGCCAAAACCGAAGAAACAAGUGGUGAGAAAGAGGAGAUUGUUGAAGAGGUCAAGAAAGAAGAGACUGUUACAACCGCGGUCGUCGAGGAGAAGAAACCGGAGGUAGAGAAGGAGGAAGAGAAGAAGCCUGUCGAAGAAGUGAAAAAGGAAGAAGCUCCUGCUCCGGCUCCGGCGGUGGUUGAAACUCCGGCUAAGGCACCGGAAACAACGACGUCGGCGCCUGUGGCUGAGCCACCAAAGCCUUGAUAUGCUUCAAGAUGGUAUGAUUACCUCUCCUUGUAUGAAAACAUCUUUGUACGUAACAAAAAUGAAACGAAAGGAACAAAAAAAAAAAACUUAUUUUUCAUUCUUUUUAUUUUCUUUGGUUUGUCAUUGUGUGGAUAAAUCUCUCUGUUUUUUUUUUUUUUUUUUUGGAAGUCUUAAAUGUGUUAAAAUGUGAAUCUGUAACAAAAUAUUUGUGGAUGUUUUUUUUCUAUACAAUUAUUUGUAUGUUUCAAUCAAGCUUAUCCGAUUAAAAACAUUCUGAUAAUCUUUCAGUCAAAGUAAAUUACAUAUUCAACAA